AACUCUAUUAUCACAUUGUUUACCUCUUAUUUCAGUAAAUUACUCCCACUUUUUCGUAGCACAAUGAAAACAGGAGAGCAGAUAUCUAAAUAUAAAAUGUAAUAUUUAAUGUAUUUCGUCAUUUAAUCAAGCAAACGCUGCUAUUUCAGCCUGCUGUAAAGCUGUGUGCCGUAUAGCAGUGUGGUGUUGUGAUGAGCUGCACCAGUGCUAGAAGGAGGAUGUGGAUGUUAAAAGACCAUUUUUGGGCGUUUUUGUUACUUUUUGUGGCACAUUAUAACGUUUAUGCUCUUCAGGAUGUAACGGUGGACCUUUUCGGUGCUGAAAAUUACGGGACUAUUGCAGCUUUUGGUGAUUUUUACGCGGAUAAGCAGACAGACAUCUUCAUCAUCAGAGAGCGGUCUGAACUGGUGAUCUUCUUGGCUGACUCGAAAGCACCUUACUUCAAGCCCAAAGUCAACAUCACAAAGGACAUUUUACCAAGGGACACCGUCAUCACCAGUGUGGUUCCUGGGGACUAUGAUGGAGACUCUCAGAUGGAUGUCCUUCUUACAACUCAGAUCCAGAGCUCCAAGUUGACGACUGUUUUCAUCUUCUGGGGGAACAACCAGACAUUAGAUAUGAGUGGGUGGAUCAGGCUGAACAAGACCUUUACAGAUCAACCUCUUGUCAUGGAUUUCAAUGGGGACAUGAUCCCAGACAUUUUUGGAGUCACCAACCCUCCACUCACCGAAGUGUGCUAUCUCACCAAGAGGAAUCCAGUGUGGCGGAAUGCACUGAGUUCACCUGUCAUCAUGCGCAACCCUCACUCUAACGCUUUCAUCGACGUCAGCAAGGACUUCACCGCUGAUUUGUUCCUGACAACUGAAGGGCCAAAGUUUGAGACCUGGAUCAACAAGGAUGGGAACUUCACCAGAGAAGACGUCAUGCCAGCAGAUCCACCAGUGAAAACUGUGGGACAGUCCUCCUUUGCCGACUUCGAUGGUGAUGGCUUCCAGGACCACCUCCUCCCUGUGUGUUUGGAUCCCGACUGUCAACGCAGUGCCAUCUACCUGGCAAAGUCAGGCUCAAAAGAGUGGGUACCAGUGCUGUUGGAUUUCCAGAGGAAGGAAACGGUUUGGAGUUUUGUGCCAGGAAAACCCAGCCAACCCAGCCAACCCAUGCACUUCGGGGACUACAACCUGGACGGCUUCCCUGAUGCCCUGGUGGUCCUCCGCAACACCAGUGGCAGUGAUACGCGGGCCUUUCUGUUGGAGAACGUGCCCUGUAACAACGCCAGUUGCCAUAGCGUAGGAAGGAUGUUUCACAUCCACUGGGACCAAUCAGAUUUGGGAGCCAUCCAAAAUGCCGUCAUGGCAACAUUCUUUGACAUCUAUGAGGAUGGUAUAUUAGACAUGCUGGUUCUAAGCAAGGCAGAGGGCAAAACCGACUUCAUCAUCCAUGCUUUGAAGAACAAUUAUGAAGCUGAUGCCUACUUCGUUAAAGUGAUGGUGCUCAGCGGCCUCUGCUUCAAUGACUGUCCAGAUGAUGUCAAGCCGUUUGGUGUUAACCAGCCAGGUCCCUAUGUCAUGUACACUACAACGGACUCCAACGGCGACCUGAAAAACGCCUCAGCCGGUCAGUUGAGCCAGUCGGCUCACUCCUCCCUCCAGCUGCCCUACACCGUGCUGGGCCUCGGACGGAGUGCCAACUUCCUGGACCACCUUUUCGUUGGCAUCCCCCGGCAGCCUGGAGUGACGGAAAUAAGGAAGAAGGAGUGGACGGCCAUCAUUCCCAACUCUCAGCUCAUUGUCAUCCCCUUCCCACACAAUCAGCCCCGCAGUUGGACCGCUAAGUUGUACCUGACUCCUAGCAACAGCGUGCUGCUGACGGCCAUCGUGCUGAUCGGAGUGUGCGUCUUCAUCCUCGUCAUUAUUGGCAUCCUGCACUGGCAAGAGAAGAAAGCGGACGACCGAGAGAAGAGGCAGGAAGCCCACCGUUUCCAUUUCGAUGCCAUGUGAAGGAAGAGAACUGCAUCAUGGGAGAACCUCCUCCUCCGCCGACACCUCACCCUCCGUCCCCCCUUCACACACACACACACACACACACACUCAGGCUCAUUUCAAAGGCCAAUAAACGGAUCCUCAUUUGCCCCAAAACGUUUCUUUUUGAUAUUUUUCAGUCCUUCAGUCAGAUGUGAAAUAUUCAUGUUCCAUUUCAUUUAUUCAUUCCCGUGUUAGAUGUACAGGAGCUGCAACAAGGCCACAGAGACACAGAGAAAUCCUGACGGAGAUAGAGCAGGGAUUUCUCUGGACCGGCUGUAGUCAGCAGCGUGAUCAUCAGUGGUGUUAUUAGAGCAUCAUUUUGACAAUAUGGCACUGAUUUGUGUUGAAACACCCAACAAGUUAUUCACUGGAAGGGAAGCACCUUUGGUACCGAGUGUUAAAAUGUGUCAUGUUACUUGAAAUCCGUGUGUGUGCUACUGUCCAUCGUCUUUGUCUAGUUUAUUCUCCUCCGUCUUUUGUCAUUUGACUGAAAUAUAAUCAAGAAAUUCUUCAGAUUUUAUUACCUGUGAGGUUAAACUGACUUGUAUUCUGUGAUAUCAAAUGUCAGCUUUGCAACCGCAGCUGCAAAAUGAACAAAAUACGGACACAUGCAACGUCAUGAUUCUGUGUAACUUUUUUUUUCUGCUACCAAUCUCACCAAAAAAUGAUGAAUCACCGUCGGGUCUGCCGAGUGCAAAUUCAUCUUUUUCUCACUUGAUCGUAUCACAGUGCAUCGUAGGAGUUGCCAAAAAAGAGUUUCUCUGUUGCAUCUUGUAAAUUUAUAAUGCUACUGCGUCGAGGCACAGCAAACAGUCUGAAAAAAACAUUUGCAUUUUGAACUGCUGAAUAAGGCACUGUUUACUCCGGCUUGUUUCCAGAUGUAGUUUUAAUUUUUGUUUGUCUUUUUUAAAGUGAAUCAGGCCAAGCGCUUUGGCGUGUUCGGAUAUUUAUUCCACCAGAAUGAGCUCAUGCCUUUCCAAGUGGUUUGCACUUUUUAAACUAAUGAUUAACUGUGGGUGUUUGUAAUUUAUUUUGCUGUACCAAUUUGAUUUGCAAAUGAAUGUUCAAGCUACUAAAUGUGUUUACUUACUGAGGUUGAGAAUAAAGGUUAAAUUAACUCUG